AUGUGGUCAUCGAGAGUUCUACUGUCGCUGAGUGUUUUUGUUUUUGUACCCACCUGUAUGGCACAAAUACGAAAUUCUACAUUGGCAAUGCUGGGUAUAGACGACUUGGAUUACUACGAUCCGGAGAUUUAUAAUUUUACCGACACACGAAUAGUUGGCGGUAGACCAAUCAGUAUUAACCGAGUACCUUGGCAACUUGCCCUUUACGACGGUGGUUACUUUAUAUGCGGAGCUUCAAUCAUUAGUCGAGAUUGGGUAUUAACAGCGGCCCAUUGUGUCGAAGGAGGCGGUAAUUUUGCAGUUCGCGCCGGUUCUACAUACGUUAAUCGAGGCGGUCAAAUUCGUUAUGCAAAUGCUGUCAUUAUCCAUUCAAGAUACAAUUCACGCACCUUUAACUAUGAUAUUGCUCUGCUACGAGUGAGGCAAAGUUUUCGAAUAACCCCAAAUGUGAGACCUAUACCGCUUGCUAAGCGUAACAGGAGCUUACCCGAUCGAUUUUUUGUCAGCGGUUGGGGUAGAACCAGAGAAAAUGGUCAAACUUCGAAUCGCCUGAGAGGCGUAACUAUCGCCAAAAUAACUCGGCCGAGAUGCCAACGACAGUAUGCGCCAGUUGGCAUUGGCAUCACAGUCAACAUGAUAUGCGCAACGUCGCCUCAGAAAGACGCAUGUCAAGGUGAUUCAGGAGGUCCAUUAGUUAAUGGUCGAAUCCAAUACGGAAUUGUAUCGUAUGGAAUCGGUUGCGCUAGGCCAAACUACCCAGGGGUUUACACAAACCUACGACGCUUAAACCAAUGGGUUCGAUCAGUCAUAAAUCUUAGAGGUGGAGCAAUGCCAACAUUUAAAGCUAUCAAACAAAAGAAAAAAGCGAUAUAA